AUUUGAAGCUUCUUUAUGCCGAGUCCAAUCCCACAUUUAAUUACAGCUUCACAAUACCAGCUUUAAUUAAAUUCUGAAUCCGAUUAAAUUUCCUUUAGGCCAAUGGCACAACAGCAUAUCCUUUCCGUGGUAGAAUCUGAAAUAAACACCGGAAAGGAAAAAGGAGAUCCGACGGAAAAGGACCUCGCUGUCACGCUGGACGACCGGGAUCUCUGGAUCAGAUUCCAAUGCUUCACCAAUGAGAUGAUUGUAACGAAGAGCGGAAGACGCAUGUUUCCUGUAGUGAAAGUGACGGCGUCAGGUUUAGACCCGAAGGCGAUGUACACAGUUCUCUUAGAGUUCGUUCAAAUUGACCAACAUAGAUGGAAAUACGUGAACGGUGAAUGGGUACCAGGGGGCAAAGCGGAAGUACCUCCAUCUAAUCCGGUGUACGUCCAUCCGGAGUCACCCAACUUUGGAGCGCACUGGAUGAAGGAGUCCAUUUCGUUCGCCAAAGUGAAGUUGACCAACAAGGCGAGCAGUGGCGGCGCGGCUGGGGGCCAGAUCAUGCUCAACUCGCUGCACAAGUACGAGCCUAGAGUGCAUUUGGUUAGAGUUGGUGCGGAGCCCAGGAGGGUAGUUACAUUCCCGUUUCCAGAGACACAAUUCAUCGCAGUGACCGCCUACCAAAACGAAGAAGUAACCUCUUUGAAAAUUAAAUACAAUCCCUUCGCGAAAGCCUUUUUAGAUGCCAAAGAAAGACCGGAUAACCCGUAUUGCCAUCAAAGGGAAUUUCCAACUAGCUAUAGCCAACAACAAUCGCAAUAUACACAAUAUAGUCCCUGGUUCUUACCUCAUCAGCCAGUGUAUGCUUCGCCACCUCAAAUGUCACCAUGCCAGUUCAGAUCUAGUCCCACUUUAAAAAGACAUAAACCUGCACCUUACAAUACUCAAAGGCAGAAAUCGUCAUCUGUAUCUCCUCCUCCACCUCACAGUAAGUAUAACAACUGCUUUUACUUUUAA